AUGGCGCUGCUGGCGGGGCUCGUGCUUCUGUUCGGUCUUGGUCCUUGCUCCUUGGUCUCGGCUCAGAAAGUGAUCACAGUAUCAGUGGGAGCCUCCUCGGUCACCCUCCCUCUCCCCUCUCGGCCUCUGGGCUCUGCCCCGUCGGUCUUGUGGACUCAAAAAUCAGACGAAGUCCACUUCAAAGUCUCUCAGGGGGAUGACUUUCGGAAACAAGCGCCUCUGUUCAAAGGCCGGACUCAGAUGAAGCCUGAUGCCCUGCAGACCGGAAACAUGGACCUGACUCUGCAGAACCCCACCAUGACGGACGCCGGAGUGUUCACGUGUGUGACCAGAGAGGGCAGCACUGAGGUGGCCCGAGUCACGGUGGAGCUGAAGGUCACAGGCGAUCAAGUCUCCGCCUUUUCUGGCUCCGACCCCGUUGAGCUGCCCUGCCCUAUUGGACCCUUUGGGAGUGAAGUGUCGGUGCUCUGGAUGAGAGGCGAGGAGCUGGUGCACGUGCAGAAGGGCGGAGUCGAUGAUACCUCCGCUCAGAGCGCACAUUUCAAAGGCCGGACGCAGAUGAAGUCUGAUGCUCUGCAGAAGGGGGACCUGGGCCUGGUCCUGAAGAGCCCCACCACCGCAGACUCUGGCUCCUACAGCUGUGUGGUGACAGGGGACGCCGGCGAGCAGGGCCGCAGCGCCGUGCAGCUCAGUGUGAGAAAGUCCCCCAGCGUGGUUGUGAUCGUAGGCUCCAUAGUCGGCUCAGCGAGUGCUCUGAUCGUGGUGGUCCUCGCUGUGAUGACGAUGAAGAGGUGCAAAAAAACCCAAGAGAGCUGUAUGGACGCUUUUAUCGGGAUCAUGACCUGCCGCGAACCCACCUCAGGCCUGGAGGGCGUCUGCUGA